UAAGCCAUAACAAGCUAGGGCAGAGACACAGCCACAGACUAACUACACAGCCAUCAUCAUGGCAAAUCCACGAAAAUUUAGUGAAAAAAUAGCCCUGCAUACGCAAAAACAAGCAGAGGAGACAGCUGCAUUUGACCAGAUCAUGAAAGAAGUCAAUUUAGCAAUUAAUGUGCAACAUAAACCAGAAGCAUUUCACCAUCUAGAUGAGAUGAAACAUGGUCGACAAGUGCUUGUGGAUCGAGUUCGUAGACAAACUUCUAGACACCGAAUGUCCCCACUUCACCCAUUUGACAGAAGGAUAGAUGCAUCACCAUAUUACUUAACACCACCGGCUGACUCUAGUUGGAGAAGGGCAAAUUCCGAUUCUGCACUACAUCAAAGUGCAAUCGCUCUGUCAUCAACCACCGAAACAUACCAGGGAUCCGUAACACCACCUACACAACGUCGAGCUUCUGUUCAUGGAGCUCCCAGUGACUCAGUGGUGGACUUUUUGGACAGUCAAGGCUGCGAGUGUUGGGAUUCAAAGAAGCACAACCACAUGUUGAUCUCCCAGCAACAGCAGUCUCGGCAGAAAUCAGAAGUGCCUGGCAUUCACAUACAUCCAUCGGAGAAUGUGACUCAAGCUAGCAUACCGAUCAACAGCAAUACAGGCUCCCUACCAGAUCUCAGCAACCUCCACUUUCCGUCACCCCUUACGAACCCCCUCGACCCCGAGGAGUACACACAGCAAAUACCCAAUGUCACGAGUCUCUCACCAAGGACUGCCACAGUGUCGCCGCAGCACCAACGACAGCAGAGCCCGACGGCGCGACGCCGCCAGCCAGGUUCCAGUAACAUUAGUCCACUGGUACUCAGCACCCCGCAGCGGCACCAGCAGCACCAGAGCCCAGUCACACCUGGAAGCCCACAUGGCAUCAGUGCACAGGGAUCAGACAUGACCAGCAUGAUCGGCGGUGAACAAAGGUUACCACAGUAUGGCUACCAGUCGGGAGCUGGCUCCCAACCAACGUCACCUAUAGGGCAGCAGUCACCACAGUUCCAGACGCCGCACAGCAGUCCCCAGAGUGUUCCACAGAGCCCUGGCCUGCCACAGAGCCCACAGAGUCCCAGCUACCCGCACAGUGUACCGCAGAGUCCACUGACUCCUCCUAGCCCUCAACUACCGACGUCUAUGGCAUACAGGACCUCACACAGUUCAGAAAACUGCACCAGCCCGGGACCACAGUCGCCGCUAUCCCCACCGUCGCCAAGCUUUGGAGCUUCGCCAGUGGGUUCCCCACAUGGAACGCCCUAUGGUGACGCUUACUUUCUUAACCCGCAGCAACAGCUGCAGACUAAUGCACUUCAGCAUCAGCUAGAGCAGUUUAGUAUGUUCCAUGACCAAGACAUGACAUGCACGACCUCGGUGAAUGGUACAGCCGGCAUCAUUACGAUACCCACCACCACUGUUUAUGCCCAGACGACAGUAGGCCAGGAUUUCAGCCGCUUUAUUCAGCAAUGCGGCAUGAGCAAUGGCAGCCAGUCACCAGGCUACACGUUCGCCCAGUCGCACUACUCGCCCAGGCAUUCAACAAGCAGUAUACCAGAUAUUGUGCUAACAGGAGCAGACGAGGGCCUACGGCAGGACCUAGUGCGAGACAUUGGAAAUGCGAUGGCUGGAUUUGACACGGACUUCUUUCCAUCUGAUGAAGCCCUCAAGGAUGGCCUUGACCCACUCGACAUUGAUGGACUGCAGAUGCUGGCCGACCCUGACCUGGUGGCAGACUCCGCAUGUGACGACUCCUUUCGGCUCGAUGGUUUGUAGCUGAUAGUGCAGCAUGGGCAGACAUCCAGAUUCUGCAAACAUGUUGCGCACAGCUGAUUUGUACUUGCUGUCUUGUACUGUCAUGGCAUCUCCACGCACCUGCUGGAGAAAGGUGUUUUCCUAUCGACACGUGUGGCGUCCAGUUUCGAAAUGUAUACAUAAGUUAGGUCUAAGAUUGCUUCUGGCAAGGGUGUACAUGCAGAGCGAGUGAGCUAGUGAGGGAGCUCACACAGUGGCACAUUCCAUGCACCCAGGCUUUUGACAGGUUUUACAAGGAGCUUAUCAAAUAUGAUCAUAAAAUGAUUUUGGUUGUUGUUUUUUCACAGUCUAUAUAAGUAUAUACGUUUAUUUAUAUGUAUAUGUCUAUGUCUAUGUCUAUG